CGGCCCCCCGGUGGGCGGCGACGGGAGCGGCGGCGGCGAUGGCGGCGCUUCUGGCGGCGGCGCGGCGGGGCGGCCUCCCUGCCCGCGGAGCCCGGCUCCUGCACGCGGAGCUGCCCGAGACGCACCGGAUGCUGCGGGAGACCUGCCGGGAGUUCGCGGCGAAGGAGCUGGCGCCCGUGGCCGCCCGGCUGGACCGGGAGCACCGCUUCCCCGCGGAACAGAUUAAGAAAAUGGGGGCCCUUGGACUCCUGGCAAUGGCUGUGCCCGAAAAAUACAAAGGAGCUGGCUUAGACUGCCUGGCCUACGCCAUCGCCACGGAGGAGAUCAGCCGAGGCUGCGCUUCCACCGGCGUCAUCAUGAGCGUCAACAACUCGCUCUAUUUAGGACCAAUCUUGAAGUUUGGGUUGGAAGAGCAGAAAGAGAAGUGGAUUGCGCCUUUCACCAGCGGGGACAAAAUAGGGUGCUUUGCCCUAAGUGAACCAGGAAACGGCAGCGACGCUGGAGCGGCCACUACUGUGGCUCAGCUGGUUGGGGACGAGUGGGUGUUGAAUGGCACCAAAGCCUGGAUCACCAACGCCUGGGACGCUUCUGCCACCGUGGUGUUUGCCACCACAGAGAGAUCCCUGAAGCACAAGGGCAUCAGCGCCUUCCUUGUUCCCAUGCCAUCCCCGGGCCUCUCGCUGGGAAAGAAGGAGGACAAGCUGGGGAUCAGAGCGUCCUCCACCGCCAACCUCAUUUUUGAAGACUGCCGCAUCCCCAAGGACAACCUCCUGGGGAAGCAGGGAAUGGGCUUCAAGAUAGCCAUGCAAACCUUGGACUCUGGUCGGAUCGGAAUUGCUUCCCAGGCCUUGGGCAUUGCCCAGGCGGCUUUGGAUUGUGCUGUGGAGUAUGCUGAGAAGAGAAUGGCUUUUGGCCAUCCCAUCACCAAGCUGCAGGCCAUUCAGUUCAAGCUGGCUGACAUGGCCGUGGCUCUGGAAGGGGCUCGCCUGCUGACCUGGAGAGCAGCCACAUUGACUGACAAUGGAAAGCCCUAUACAAAGGAAGCAGCAAUGGCCAAGCUGUCAGCAUCUGAGGCAGCGACAUUCAUCUCCCACCAGGCUAUCCAGAUCCUGGGAGGGAUGGGCUACGUGACGGAGAUGCCGGCCGAGCGCCACUACCGAGACGCUCGCAUCACCGAGAUCUAUGAAGGAACUAGUGAAAUCCAGAGGCUGGUGAUUGCGGGGCAGCUGCUGAAGGCCUAUCGAGGCUGAAGCGGAGGACUGCGGCGGGGCCCUCUUAGGAAUGGGGAUGCUGGCCUUUGGCUCCCGGGUCAUACCUUAGGUCAGGGACUGGGUUAAAUGUCAGGCACUGGCCCCUCUGCUCAUCUCGGGAAAGGUAAAGGCUGAGCAUCCCACUGCUUUGGCGAUCAAGUCUCUAGUGGAGGCUGAGGGCGCCUCGAACCACCAGGGGAGGAAUGACCACCAGAAAACGGGUGCGCAUGUGCCUGGUGCCUCACAGUUGCCAAGGUGCGCUACCAGCCAUUUACUGGUCUUCUGGUCUCUAGGUAAGAUCUAUCUACCCGAGAUUCCGGUGGAUUGAGGUCUGCUCAGGUGAACCUACACUUGUUCUUCAGUGGCAACCGCAAGACAGCAGGUUGUUGGAAAAUGGAGAUGGCAAAUAACAGGGUUAAUGGGGGGUCGGGAUGCAACCCUCGAUCAACUGAGGAAGUGAGUCGUGAAAAGGAGCCGGUCUUAGGAGCAGGCGGGGUAGAUCGUAGCCACGAGUCCGAGUGCCUUGGCUGUGCCCUGAAGGCACGUCCUCCACCCACUGACACAGAUUCCCAAGACGCCGCCUCACUGAUGCAGUCAGAACUAUUAAAUUUGAGCACCAAUUUGCUGUAUCUUUUGGUUUAAUUACAAUCAUUUUUCGAACACA